AUGCAAGCCACGACAGCAACCUUAUUCGUACCCUCCAACUCCAGCCAUGGGGAAGGUUUCACCGCUGCGGCCACGCAGCUUCGCGCGCAAAUCGCCACCCUGCAGGCCGUGAUGGAUCGCGAGAGCUGCCGAUGGGAGGACGCCGCCCUCGCCUACUCCCGGGAAAAACUCCACGCUCACUUUUCCCGCGUAAAAGGCCGCCCCUACACCGACGGCGCGGCUGUGUAUGAGUUUUUUUCCACAUUUUUCUUACUUUGUGGGGUGGGUUGGAUCAGUUGGAGGUUAUUGGGGUUUGCGUUUGCGGGGCUUCUUCGUUAUACGGCGUUGCGCGCCGCGCAUCAGAGGAUGCGGGAAGAAGAGGCGAUCGUCCGACAAGAGGCUGCACGACGAGGGUUAGGGGAGGCCCUUCUUCGCCACACGCAGCGUCGGUUGUGGUUUUGGUGCGUUUUAAAAGUCCUCCUCGCGGCAGGGGUGUUGAUUGGGAUGAUCGGCGCGAAUUCCCUCGUGUGGGAGGCACUUCGGCGUCUGCUACGGCUGUGGUGGGGGUGGGAUCUCGACGCCGCGGCGAAAGGCGGCGAGGGAGGGGGGGUUUGGUUUCUCCGUGAGGCCCUUCACGCGAUUCGAGGUGGGGAAACAACGGAAACCCGCGUGGUCGCGUCGGAUGCCACCUCCUUCCCCGUGGCGAACUUUCUAGGAUCGGUGCAAUCGCUCUAUCUGUGGUAUUCGGUAGGGCCGGUGGCGUUGAGCGGCGCGUUGUUUCUGCUUCGUUCGGCAACGGAAGCGCAGCGUAAGGCGAGGGAGGCGUUGAUUCGACAGCGUCAAACCUACGCAGCGGGCUCGCCGCUGCUGCACGGCCUCGCGCGGGAGGAGCGGCGACGGGAAACGGUCGAAAUCGCCUCCGCGGCGUUUUUACAGGUCUGUGAGCUGCACCACCGCGCCGUUGCCGCGGCGGGCAGGAACGGGGGGGUUAUCGAGGUGAAACCCGCGGUGGAGGGGACGCGCGUCAUGCCUCCCGCUUCGCUCAUGGAAUGA